GGCGUAAUAUACGUGGCUAGCAGGCAGCUGAAAAUAUUUACUAGAAUUUCGAUUUUUUACAGGUAUUUUUCUUUCUAGACCGUGAUUAAUAUUGUUGUUUAUCAGCAGAUCAUAUUUAGCUAUGGGCGCUUACGCUGUAAUAGGUAGGUUUAUACAUAUCGCUGUUUGGGUGAUUUUAUGUAAAACCGCAGGCGGGACUUCGCUAAUUGAAAAAAUUCGUGAAAUUGAAAACCGAUUCGAAACCAAUUCUUCAUCAAUAAAGAUUUCAGAGGGGUCGGGCUCGGGUUCGACUACUCCGAAUAUUUUAACACAUGAUCUUACUACGGUGGGUUCGGUUCGAGGCCCCGGGGAAGAAGAGGAAAUCAAGACCGAAGAAGAAGCAUGGAAGACGGUGGUGGUUGGGUCGUCUUUGGCGUUAUUUUUUAUAUUUUUGGCUCUCCUUGCAAAAAUAAAAAAGGUGGUGGCGUUUUGCAAGACAUUCGCAGAAGAGAAAACAGAUGACGAAAUUGAAGACGAAGGGUAUGUUGAAGAUAUAAGCCAAGGUGACGUAGCCGUGACGUAUGAUCUAUGGAGCAGCCAAUCACGAGUGAGAACGAUAUCAGGUGUUAUUGACGUCAUAAUAGAUGGAUCGUCACGUCAUCAACGACCCUGUGACGUCAGAACUGUGAAAGCCUAUAGGAACUCGUUUCGAAAUUUCAAAAAAUCUCACCCGACAAAAGGGGACGAUUUACCAAGCUAUUAUGACGUCACAAAAGGGAGACGCGGUGGAGAGACACCCCCUGAUUAUAACGAAGUAACGGCUGGGUGUAGCCGAACAUAAUAAAUGAAUCUGGGAUCAAUGUAGCGAGACGGGGUAGGCGUAUUUGACUAAGAGCACUGCUAUAGACCAAACUACUAUUUUAAGGCUGUUUUUACGCAGUACAUUCUCUUUAGUCAUUUUCCAGUCAAGCGUGCUUUACUUUAAAAGAAAUUCGUAUUGAAAAGGGUGCGGAUCAGGUCAACCUUGUAUUUUUUGGCAUUUGAUGUUUUAUGUGUCUCGUUUUUAUUUAUUGUCGUUGAUAUUUUUAGUAUUUUUUACUCUUCAAGUGUUUUGUAAUAAACUACCUUUCUUA